GGUAAGACUUUGUCUUUUUGACCACUGAGAGAGCCUCCUCAAAGAAAAUUGCCACUACACUUAUCUAUUUGUGUGUCUGUGUUUCUCAUCUGACUGCUUAUUUCCUCAUGUCUCAAACAGGAUGUGACGUGUUUUCCUGAGGUGAAAGAAUUUUCUGAUCUGUUGUUCAGCUCAACAGUUCAGUGGAGGAACAGAAAGAUCUGAAGCCAUUAUUUGAGAAUCAGCCAGUCCAGCAGGAGGCGGUAAAGCACAUUAUAGUUUGACAACCGCCAAAAUACUGAAGAAGUUGACAAACCGAAAGCGUCAAAGAGCUCACAUCGUGUUCCUGCUGCAAAAGAGCAUCUGUACUUCUGCAUGUGAUGGUCAGCGGCUGACUGUUUCCUCAAAGCUCUGCUAAUGUCUGCAUUGGUGUUUUAGCUGCAGUAUGGCAGAGGAGCGAGUAAAGGACUCUCUCUCAGAGAAACACAGUGUGAGAUCAGGAUCAUGUGUGUCCAGCUCUGUGUCUCUGAAGAGUGACCGGUCUAAAGAAGAACAUCUACCAAACUUCAGAGAGAAAACACCACCAUCUGCACAAAGUGUGAGAUCAGGAUCAUGUGUGUCCAGCUCUGUGUCUCUGAAGAGUGACUGGUCUAAAAGGGAUCCACCAAAUUUCAGAGAGAAAACACCAUCAUCUGCCAAAAGCUCAUGUAAGAGGAAGAGAGCAGAAGCAGAGCCCAGCUGUGUGUCUAUGAAGAGUGACCGGUCCAUGGAUCGACCGCUAUAUUUUAAGAGUGAAAACACACGACCUGCUGUCAGCUCACGUAAGAGGAAGAGAGCAGAAGCAGAGCCCAGCUGUGUGUCUAUGAAGAGUGACGAGUCUAUGAACCCACCAAUAACAUUUAGGAGUAAAAUCACACAACUUGCUAUCAGUGUGGAUGGAGAUGAUCAGACUGGACACCUGCAGCAGGAUUCACUCCAACCAGAACAUGAUGAACUUCACAGAGUCAAAGAGCAGCACAAAACCAGCAUGAAGAACAAGUAUGAGAGAUUAUUUGAGGGAAUCAACCAUGGAGAGACUCAAACCCUCCUGAACAGGAUCUACACACAGCUAUACAUCAUAGAAGGAGAGAGUGAAGGAGUGAAUGAAGAACAUGAGGUUUUACAGAUGGAGAAAAGAGCCAGAACAAAACCCUCACAACACACUCCAGUCUACUGCAAUGACAUCUUUAAAGCCUCAGCUGGAGCAGGACAUGAGGAGAAGAUCAAGAAGGAGAAAGCCCAGAUCAAGACUGUUCUCACUAAAGGCAUUGCUGGAAUCGGGAAAACCGUCUCUGUGCAGAAGUUCAUUCUGGACUGGGCCGACGGAAAAGCCAAUCAGGAUGUAGAUUUUAUGUUUGUGCUUCCAUUUCGAGAGCUGAACUUGAUCAGAGAUGAUCAGUACAGUCUUCACAGACUUCUGCUGGUCUUUCAUCCUGAACUUAAAGAUCUGGAGCCCAAGAUUUAUGAGCAGUGUAGAGUUGUGUUCAUCUUUGAUGGUCUGGAUGAAAGCAGAAUCACACUCAACUUUUCAGAUGAGGAGAAAGUUUGUGCUGUGACUGAAUCUUCAUCAGUGGCUGUGUUGAUGCGGAGCCUCCUGAAAGGAGAUAAGCUUCCCUCUGCUCUCAUCUGGAUCACCUCCAGACCAGCAGCAGCCCAUCAGAUCCCCUCCAGAUACAUCAACCGUCUGACAGAAAUUCAGGGAUUCACUGAGCCUCAGAGGGAGGAAUAUUUCAGGAAGAGAAUCAGCGACGAGCAUCAAGCCAGAAGAAUCAUCUCCCACAUCAGAAAAGCAAGAAGCCUCCAGAUCAUGUGCCACAUACCCAUCUUCUGCUGGAUCUCCUCCACUGUGCUUCAGAAGCUCCUGGAAGAUGAUGUUAGUGCAGAAAUCCCUCAAACUCUGACUGAGAUGUACAUCCACUUCCUGCUGAUUCAGAUCAACAUGAGGAAGCAGAAGUAUGAAGAGAGAGAUCCAGAGAAACUCCUGCAGUCCAACAGCGGAGUGAUCCUCAAACUUGCUGAAGUGGCUUUCAGACAGCUGAUGAAGGGCAAUGUGAUGUUCUAUGAGGAGGACCUGAUUGAGAGCGGCAUAGACGUCACUGACGCCUCGGUGUAUUCUGGGAUCUGCACUGAGAUCUUCAAGGAGGAAUCUGUGAUUCAUCAGAGGAAAGUCUACAGCUUCAUCCAUCUCAGCUUUCAGGAGUUUCUGGCUGCUUUCUUCAAGUUUUACUGCCAUUUAACAGAGAACAGAGAACCGCUGAGGAUGAUUUAUGGAUAUUCAUAUGAUCUAUAUCACCAGUCCAGCUCUAAGAAGUCUCUGUAUGAUCUGCUCAGUUCAGCAGUAGAUAAAGCUGUCAGGAGUAGUAAUGGUCAUCUGGAUCUGUUCCUGCGGUUCCUGCUGGGCGUCUCACUGGAGUCCAAUCAGAGACUCUUCCAGGAUCUACUGACACGCACAGAGGAGAGCUCAGAGAGCAUCAGGAGAAUCACACAGUACAUUAAAGACCAGAUCAAGACAGAUAACCGUCUCUCAGCUGAAAGAUCUAUCAAUCUGUUCCGCUGUCUGCUGGAGGUGAAAGAUCAGACUCUGGCCAGAGAGAUUCAGGAGUUUGUGAAAUCAGACAAACACUCAGAGGAGGAACUCUCUCCUGCUCACUGCUCAACAAUCUCCUACAUGAUUGAGAUGUCAGAGGAGCCACUGGAUGUUCUAGACUCUAAUAAAUUUAACACAUCAGAUGAGGGAAGACGGAGACUGAUACCAGCUGUGAGAAACUGCAGAAGAGCUGUGUGAGUAUUCAUUGAUUGAUCACAGAAGACACACAUCAGUCUGCACUGAGUGCACACUGCACUGCACUCAGAUCAUUUUAGUGAAUCACUGCCCUGCUUUAACAGAAAAUCUGUAGCUGGCCAUAUCGUCCCCCUGUGAGAUCGCUGAUACACCAUAUUACUGCAUGGGGACGCGGCGGCAGUGUUCUGUUUC